AUGUUAACACAAUCCAAUGUAAAUACUUUUGAAGCUCUCAAGAAGUUAACUGAAGAGUCAGCUAAGAAUGUGUCUGAAUUCAACAAGAUGAUUGAAGGAUUCGUUGAUCUCUUCAAACCGAGAAGGAGGGUCUUUCAACUUAUGGAUGCGAAGUUGAAUCCCAUUCUCCCAAAACUUAAUAAUAUUUUCAAUGUUAUGAGUAACAGAGCUACGGUGCAACAAGGGAGAGAUCAAUUAGUGAAUGAAGAGGAAGUUCCAAAAGGUAAUCUGAACAGUUCUUAUCAAACUGGCAAAAUAGUUAAGAUGGCAAAUGCUAAAAAGAUUGUCCUUGAAAGGAAAACCAUGGAAGAUAAGUUGAAAACCCUUAAAGAAAUGAAGUUUGGAUGGAAGGAAUUGACGGAACAAGCAAAGCGUAAUGAGGAGCUUGAUGCUUUGAAUGCUUUAAUAGUAAAGUUCGAUGCUAAAGAAGCUGAAAAUAAAAUUUUUGAAGAAAUUCUUGCUUCUAAGAAGUCCAUGUUUCUAGAAUGGACUAUUGCUCAGAUUUAA